AUGACAGCAAUGACAGCAAUACGCUUUAUGGCGGAGGCGAUAGCGGGGGGCGAUAGUGGUACGCGCCAUCCUUGCCAAAGGACCAACUUUGCAGUCACCCCCUGCAGGAUCCCGACAGAAGAGAUCAUCAGCCAAAUAGAAACCGCCAUCUUCCAACUCCCACCUGAAGCAGGAAACAACAUCAGACAGCAGUCAACCCAGAUCCUCCGAAAAGCCAAACUUCCCAUCCAAAACAUUAACAGGGAAGAACGAUUAGCGCUUCGAAGCCUAAGACAGAAUGACGACAUCCUCAUUCUACCGGCGGACAAAGGCAACGCAACAGUGGUGAUGGACAAAAGAGACUACCACAACAAAGUCAACACCUUGCUGUCCGACGCCCAAGUCUACAAAAAACUAAAACGCGAUCCAACCACUAGCGUAGAGAAGAAAACCGCCUCCCUGAUCAAAAAGGCGAACCUCCCCCCGCUAACCACGAAAUACCUGACCCCCAGCGACAGCUCAGCACCCAGACUAUACGGCCUUCCGAAGAUUCACAAAGAAUCAGUCCCCCUACGGCCUAUCGUCAGCAACAUCGGGGGCCCCACCUACCAACUAGCCCGCUACCUCACCAAACCCCUCCAAAAACUUACCGGCCUCAACGACUCCCACAUCAGGAACUCAACGGACUUCGUGAACAGAAUAACCAAGAUCAAAACCGAGCCCAACGACAUCCUGGUAAGCUUCGACGUGGUUUCUCUGUUCACCAACGUCCCAGUCCAAGACACUCUGGACAUCAUCAGAACAUCCAAAGAGAUUCCAUCCACCCUGUUCCCAUUAAUAGAACACUACCUCAACUCCACCUAUUUCCAGUUCGAAGGAGAAUUCUACGAACAAACCACGGGAGCAGCAAUGGGAUCCCCGAUAUCACCCAUCAUCGCAAACAUCUUUGUGGAACACUUCGAGAAUGAAAUCCUGAAGAAGGCCCCACAAAAACCCUCCACAUGGUUCCGAUACGUGGACGACACCUUCGUCAUCUGGAACCACGGAAGGGAAACUCUACCUCAAUUCCUCACUUUCAUCAACUACCAACAUCCCAACAUCCAAUUCACAAUGGAGACCGAACAGAAUUCCCAAAUCCCCUUCCUGGAUGUCCUGGUCCGAAGGAACGAAGACGGCACCCUAAGCCACAACGUCUACCGCAAACCAACGCACACGGACCGAUACCUCCACGCAAACUCCCACCAUCACCCCGCCCAAAAGAAUUCG